ACAACGCAUGCCACGCUGAAGCCUUUCCCUGUAGGCCUAGGCCCCCGCCUCACCAAGCGACAGGUAGAGGUGACAACCGGGUCGCUCGUUCAUGGACCCAGGUAACGACACACAAUGCCAUGGAACAAACUCCUGCUCAUCGAGGGCAUCUGACCCUGGGCGCACGAGUGAAUUAACUGAGUUACUGUUGACUACGUUCCUGAUUAGUAUUCACGGAGUAAUUGGUGACCACACCAAAAUGUCGUUCAAGUGCGAGGUCCAGAGGCCUCGAGGGCUGGGAUUUACCCAUCGGAGCCGUCCGCUCACACGCCAUUAGUAAGGGUUCCGCCGACUUCCCUGGAGGGAGGAAAGUCACUUUUGGAAAUCGACUUUGCCUUCGCCGGCGAAGUCCGCCAGGGUCCGGACUGGAGUCGCCCCAGGAGCCGCUACCGGAACUUGACCAGCUCCCUUUCGGCGUCGCGCUCGCCUUCCUGGACCAGACCGGAAGUGGCUUCCGGACAGCGCCGCCGCAGCUCCGUAAAGCAAGAUGGCACUACUCUCUGAGGCUAUUAUCUCCAUUUUAUAGCUAGUAUUCCUCUUCUCACCAGUUACUCUCGAUUUCUAUCCCGCACCCUAAUUUUCGUCAGCACCACAUUCAUGUUUUUCUUUCAUUCAGCCUUGGUGGAGGAUGGUCUGGAGGCAACCUAGGACCAGCCUGAGCAGCCUGGGGCACCAUUUUGUACGGAAACUGAAGGCAGGGCGGGGGCGUGUGAGGCCUCCCGAGGAGGCCCGGCUUGAGAGAGAGCGUGGCGGGGAGGGCGUUGUUCACCGAUGACGUGUUUCCGCUUCUGGUCUGCCUGGUCGUUUUUGGUUGGAUCGGCUUGUUGCGGGGAGGGAGGGGGAAGAUUGUUUGCUGCCUAGAAGCUCCGCGGACGGGAAUGUAAACUGAGCUCGCCAGAGACGCUCAUCCUACAGCCUCAGUUCGGGCCCAACCUUCUCUCUCCAGCUGCCACCACAGCCUGGAGGCGCCUGCCUCCACCCUCCCGAAUGGUGCUCCUUCUAGCAGGCCUCGGCCCAGGAUCCAAGCCCCCUUUGCCCCCAGCCUUGGAGCUGUUGCUCCGGGUUUCUCAUAGCGGACUCCCUGUGGCGGGAAGGGAAGAACUUUUGCACAGACAAGGCUUCAGCUCUAAGAACCCCACUGACAACUUGAAUGUCAACUCUAACCUAGUGUGAGGUUCUUCCUGUGCCCACCUUUUCUGCCUUUUGAGAAGAGAAACCCUUCUCCUGGCCGUCUAGAACCCAGGAAGCCCCAAGCUGGGGCCCUGGUCCCAGCAUGUCAGUCCUCUCUUGUGCAUAGGGCUCUGCCCUCUCCCUGUCAGCAUGGCUGAGCUCAGACAGGUUCCAGGAGGGCGGGAGACCCCACAGGGGGAGCUGCGGCCUGAAGUGGCAGAGGAUGAAGUCCCUAGGAGCCCAGUCGCAGAAGAGCCAGGAGGAGGUGGAAGCAGCAGCAGUGAGGCCAAAUUGUCCCCAAGAGAGGAGGAAGAACUGGAUCCUAGAAUACAGGAGGAGCUGGAGCACCUGAACCAGGCCAGCGAGGAGAUCAACCAGGUGGAACUUCAGCUGGAUGAGGCCAGGACCACCUAUCGGAGGAUCCUGCAGGAGUCGGCGAGGAAACUGAAUACACAGGGUUCCCACUUGGGAAGCUGCAUCGAGAAGGCCCGGCCCUACUAUGAGGCUCGGCGGCUGGCUAAGGAGGCUCAGCAGGAGACACAGAAGGCAGCGCUGCGGUAUGAGCGAGCUGUCAGCAUGCACAACGCUGCUCGGGAGAUGGUGUUUGUGGCUGAGCAGGGUGUCAUGGCCGACAAGAACCGACUGGACCCCACGUGGCAGGAGAUGCUGAACCAUGCCACCUGCAAGGGCAUUGUUCAGGUUGGCAGCCUGGGGCAGAUGCCAGAGACUGAAGCCUGGGUCCCGGCUCAGUGGUGUGUCCCUCUGGGCCAGGUGAACGAGGCGGAGGAAGAACGGCUUCGAGGUGAGCGGGAGCACCAGCGAGUGACUCGGCUGUGCCAACAGGCGGAGGCUCGGGUCCAAGCCCUGCAGAAGACGCUCCGGAGGGCCAUUGGCAAGAGCCGCCCCUACUUUGAGCUCAAGGCCCAGUUCAGCCAGAUCCUGGAGGAGCACAAGGCCAAGGUAACAGAACUGGAGCAGCAGGUAGCUCAGGCCAAGACGCGCUACUCAGUGGCCCUUCGCAACCUGGAGCAGAUCAGCGAGCAGAUUCACGCGCGGCGCCGCGGGGGUCUGCCUCCCCACCCGCUGGGCCCUCGGCGCUCCUCCCCCGUGGGCGCUGAAGCAGGACCUGAGGACAUAGAGGACGGAGACAGCGGGAUUGAGGGGGCCGAGGGUGCGGGGCUGGAGGAGGGCAGCAGCCUGGGGCCCGGCCCCGCCCCCGACACCGACACCCUGAGUCUGCUGAGCCUGCGCACGGUGGCUUCGGACCUGCAGAAGUGCGACUCCGUGGAGCACUUGCGAGGCCUCUCGGACCACGUCAGUCUGGACGGCCAAGAGCUUGGAACCCGGAGUGGAGGGCGCCGGGGCAGCGACGGCGGAGUCCGUGGGGGUCGGCACCAGCGCAGUGUCAGCCUGUAGUCGAGGGACCGGGGUUCCUGGCUUGAAUCUGCUAUCCUGGGCCGGUCGGGGCCCACAGGCUUCUCACGCCCUCUCCUCCGGGGCCUUGGCUUCCCGGAGGUCCCCUUCUCCAGUGCUUCCCUGGAGAGGCCAGCUGUGUUCGAGUCCUCUGUGCCUGCCCUGGCGUUCUCACAGCCUCCCCCUUCCCUUCAGCAGGCAGCUGUCUUUGCCUUACCCAUGCGGAAGGCUUGCCCUCGGCGCUCUGCCUGCCCCUCCUGCUGGCUCAUCACGAUCUGCGGGGCACUGACGCUUUGCUUUCCCUUUCUCCUCCCUCUCUUUCCAUCUGUUUGGCUUUUUCCCUCAGGGAACUUGGUCUGGAAGGCACGGGGAAGCUCAUCAGAGAAAAUGGGUGCUGGGCCUGCGCACUCCGGUCAGAGGGGAUGGACAGGGACCCUCCCGUUGGUUUUCUGGCCCCGCCGCCUUCCCAAGGCGACUCUGGAGGGCACCGUCAAUAUGCCGCUGAGCCCUGCACCCCCGUCCUGUUCCAGCCCGUGCGUGUGUGACCUGUGAGACGUACUGUGCACCUCUGGAAGAUACCGUCUUUCCCUUCAGCGUUCCCUUUCAUGACCCGAGGCGCUCUGCAAUGUGUGCCCCAAAGCAGAACUUACAGGACCUGCAGGAAGCUGGUGUCAGGGAGAGAAACCCAACCCCACCGUCAACACAGGGAACAUCACGCACUCCAGACUGGCCCCUGUGGGUGUGGUGUUUGGCUGGGCUGGGUCCUUAACAUUGCCAAGGUGCUAGUGGGUCCCUAAGACGGCCCGUGGUGGGGGUGAAGUCAUGAGGUCCUGAAGGCUGAGGCCCCUGUCGUUCCCACCCUCACUUGCUGCACAGUUGUGUUUACUUUUUCUGGGUAGAGGAUGCUGAACUGACUCAGCACCCUCCUGCAGGGCGGGGUUAGGGAAUUUGGUGCUCAAUUGCUCUCCCUUGCUCUUACCCAAACUCAGUACCUACCACAGGAUCCCUCGGGGCACACUCAAGCUUGGCUGCCAACCCUCUUAACUUCCUUUGUUACAGGGAGGGGUUGGCUUGGGGUGAAACGUCCUGCCCUCCGCGGGGAGCAGCUCCAGCUGCCUGGGACAGUGCUCCCAGUUUGUAGGGAAGCCACACCAGAUCUGGGUGCCUCGGGAGAACCGGUCCUUCCUUUUGACCCACCCCAGGAUAGUGGAGAGCUCUUGUCUAGGCCCAUGUUCUGCCAGCGACCGGGAUGAGUGGGCAUCUGGCCUCCACAUGGGGUCUACAGGUCGAGGGAGGUUGGUCACGAUGAGAACCUCAGGGUUUGAGGUGGCCAUGGGCAGAGAGCAGAAAGGGAGGGAGGGUGUGGGUGUGCGUGUGUGCAUGUGCUGGUGUGUAAGGGGGAAAGGGUCUUUACUGGUUUUAUUUAAAUAAAGUAGUUUAUGUAACAGUUAA